AUGGCCCUCCCGACACCUUCGGACAGCACCCUCCCCGCGGGAGCCCGGGGACCAGGACGGCGACGGAGACUCGUUUGGACCCCGAGCCAAAGCGAGGCCCUGCGAGCCUGCUUUGAGCGGAACCCGUACCCGGGCAUCGCCACCAGAGAACGGCUGGCCCAGGCCAUCGGCAUUCCGGAGCCCAGGGUCCAGAUUUGGUUUCAGAAUGAGAGGUCACGCCAGCUGAGGCAGCACCGGCGGGAAUCUCGGCCCUGGCCCGGGAGACGCGGCCCGCCAGAAGGCCGGCGAAAGCGGACCGCCGUCACCGGAUCCCAGACCGCCCUGCUCCUCCGAGCCUUUGAGAAGGAUCGCUUUCCAGGCAUCGCCGCCCGGGAAGAGCUGGCCAGAGAGACGGGCCUCCCGGAGUCCAGGAUUCAGAUCUGGUUUCAGAAUCGGAGGGCCAGGCACCCGGGACAGGGUGGCAGGGCGCCCGCGCAGGCAGGCGGCCUGUGCAACGCGGCCCCCAGCGGGUGUCACCCUGCUCCCUCGUGGGUCGCCUUCGCCCACACCGGCGCGUGGGGAACGGGGCUUCCCGCACCCCACGUGCCCUGCGCGCCUGGGGCUCUCCCACAGGGGGCUUUCGUGAGCCAGGCAGCGAGGGCCGCCCCCGUGCUGCAGCCCAGCCGGGCCGCGCCGGCAGAGGGGAUCUCCCAACCUGCCCCGGCGCGCGGGGAUUUUGCCUACGCCGCCCCGGCUCCUCCGGAAGGGGCGCUCUCCCACCCUCAGGCUCCUCGGUGGCCUCCGCACCCGGGCAAAAGCCGGGAGGACCGGGACCCGCAGCGCGACGGCCUGCCGGGCCCUUGCGCGGUGGGAGAGCCUGGGCCCGCUCAAGCGGGGCCGCAGGGCCAAGGUGUGCUUGCGCCACCCACGUCCCAGGGGAGUCCGUGGUGGGGCUGGCCACAGGUCGCCGGGGCGGCGUGGGAACCCGAAGACGGGGCACCUCCAUCUCCGAAGCUCGCGACCCCGGAGGCCUCCGUCUCAAGCACAGAUGCCAGCCAUCCCGGCGCCUCCCAACCGCUCCAGGAGCCGGGGCGCUCGUCUACACUCACCUCCAGCCUGUUAUAUGAGCUCCUGUAGACACCAGAGUUUCAGCAAAAGGCACGACCUUUCCUAGAUCCGGCGCCACUGGGGGAGCUGAAGGACGUGGAAGAGCCCGCUCUGCUGGAACCACUCCUCCGCCAGGAAGAACACCGGGCUCCGCUGGAGGAGCAGGU